AUGGGCAUGCGCAACCGCCUCCACGGCAAUAAUAUGCCAGGACAACACGAUAGCCCCCCUGAAAUCGGGGAACAGCCCGAACAGCAACCUUUGGAGACCCCAGGGGCAGCUGCCCCCAGUGCUGGGUCUGGCGCAGCCGAAGAGAUGGAGACCCAACCGUCCCACGAUGAGCCCAUCCCCUUCCAGGGCGAGGACGAGGGCGAGGUCAAUGGACCCUCCGAGGUCUCCACGCGCAGCAUCCAGGGCGUCAGCCUGGGAGUUGAGGAAGAUGGAGCCCGUGGAAACUACAGCCCACCCCCUGAAGAAGCCAUGCCUUUCGAGGUCGAGCAGCCCAGCUUGGGAGACUUCUGGCUUUCGCAGGAGCAGCCUGGAUCCUCCAGUGGCGUCCGUGCGGGCUCUGAGGCUUCACACCCAGGGCUCAUGGAGCCCCGAGCAUUCAACGGUGAAAGAGCAGUUCCGGGAAGCUACAGUCCUCCACCCGAAGAAGCUAUGCCCUUCGAGUUUGACCAAUCUGCGCAGGGAGGCUGCAGCCCACCUAUCUUGCAGGUCCCAGACCUUGCUCCAGGCGGUCCAUGUGCAGGGGUCCCCAGAGCUUCCAAGGAGCCCCAAUCCCUUGGUGCGGAAAAUGCUGGCUUCGGAGGAGGAUACAGCCCUCCCCCUGAGGAGGCUGUGCCAUUUGAGCUUGACGGAGAAGCAUUUGAGGACGGCAGCCCACCCCCCGGGCUCCCCCGAGUUAUUCCACGAGUCGACAGUGACAGCCAGUUUGCGACUGACGCGGACGCAGUCCCGAGUCCGGUCCGCCUCGCUGCCGCCGCAAACACGCCUCCUCUGCGGGUCUCCAGCGCCAGCGGCAGCCCAUCCCGUGAGGCAGUCAGACCUUCUCUUAACUUCGCGGGCGACAGCCCCCGGAUGGAGAUCUCCAGACCUGAGCUCAAGAUUGGUAGAUCCCCCACUGGGGUCGACGACGCUCCCGUCAACAUGGACAGCCCCCCAAUCGCGAAAGACGGCCCGCCCAUCGAGGUGUCGGGAGCCCCAGAUAAGAGAGAGCGAGCAGAGGGACCCCCAGCUGGAGACGCAGCAGAGAUGGAAGGAGGUUCAGCAACCGCCAGUGCGGAGGAAGGAAAAGUCCCCUCGCCGGGGCAUGGAUCCCCUGCCUCCACGGCAGCUCCUAGCGCUUCAGCACAUCCUGACUCCGGGUCAGUUUCUGUUGCGGCAACAGAUCCCGACUCUGGGGCAGCGUUCGCUGCCACAACUGAUCCUGACCCGGAGGCAGCACCUGCUGCCGCAGCGGAGCCUGACUCUGGGACAGCUCUUGCCUCGCCAAGCGAGCCCGACGCCCCAGAGGAUCCUGGCUCGGAGGGAGCCCCAGUCGCUCCAGCCAAUCCAGUCAUCACCAAGGCAGACUCGGCUGCCCCAGUCGUACCCGACACUCAGGCAGUCGCCGCAGCGCCAAAAGAUCCUGACGGAGCCGCCGGGACAGCCGGCGCCGAUCCUGACACCGGAGGAGCCCCUGCGGCCGAAGCCAAUCCAGGCUCCGCGAAAGCCCCAGCCGCUCCAGCCGCUAGAGCAGCUGCCCGGCUGCUCUCUGCCGCCGCAGCCAAUCCUGGCCCCAGGGCAGCCCGCAACGCCCCAUUCAGGUCUGAUAUCCGGCGAGUCCCGGCCGAACCGGCAAUCCGAGCCGCCGCUGCUGCCCGAGCCAGUCUGGCUGUCCGAUCGUUCUCAGCGGCUCCACUCGCCCGGGUACCCAUUGGGCCCCGGGCAGCACCUAUCGCCCGAGCAACGCCCGUCAUCCGGACAGUCUCGACUACCCCGGUCUCCGGGGCCCCCCGGAGCCUCCAUCUCCUCAGGCCCCCCAGCCCGGAGAUUCAGGUUGCUGACCCGCCUACUCCGCGGCCUACUCGGGCGACCUCCUGGCGGGGCAAAUCGGACCGUGGCCGCAGCCACCUCCGAUACGAAGCACCGAGGCCGAUCUGCGACGACUCCUCCAGCGAUGAGUCCGAGGACGGGGCCACCGGAUGCUUCCAGUGGCUUCAGCGCCGAAAUCGCCGCCGCAGAAAGCCCCAGCGCAACUCAUUCCGCAACUUCAUCUCCCAAACCUUCGGGAGCUGCUUCGGUGGAUCUGAGGGUCGCCAGCCCAGAGGCACGAGCCCCUCCAAGGUCAAGAAGGAUUUUGCGGCCGGCACACGCAGACAGCUGCGCAAAGAAGCCAUUGAGAUGCGCACCCAGAAGCGCGCCGCGAAGAAACGCAGCAAGCUCAUCGACAAGCAACUCGAGGACGAGAAGAUGGGCUACAUGUGUACGCACCGCCUGCUGCUUCUAGGUGCUGGAGAAUCUGGUAAAAGCACCAUUGUGAAGCAAAUGAGGAUCCUGCAUGUUAAUGGGUUUAAUGGAGAGGGCGGCGAGGAGGACCCGCAGGCUGCAAGGAGCAACAGCGAUGGUGAGAAGGCCACCAAAGUGCAGGACAUCAAAAACAACCUGAAGGAGGCUAUUGAAACCAUCGUGGCCGCCAUGAGCAACCUGGUGCCCCCCGUGGAGCUGGCCAACCCCGAGAACCAGUUCAGAGUGGACUACAUUCUGAGCGUGAUGAAUGUGCCUGACUUUGACUUCCCACCUGAAUUCUACGAGCAUGCCAAGGCUCUCUGGGAGGACGAAGGCGUCCGCGCCUGCUAUGAGCGCUCCAAUGAGUACCAGCUGAUCGACUGUGCCCAGUACUUUCUGGACAAGAUUGAUGUCAUCAAGCAGGCCGACUAUGUGCCCAGCGACCAGGACCUGCUUCGCUGCCGUGUCCUGACCUCUGGAAUCUUUGAGACCAAGUUCCAGGUGGACAAAGUCAACUUCCACAUGUUCGACGUGGGUGGCCAGCGCGACGAGCGCCGCAAGUGGAUCCAAUGCUUCAAUGAUGUGACUGCCAUCAUCUUCGUGGUGGCCAGCAGCAGCUACAACAUGGUCAUCCGGGAGGACAACCAGACCAACCGCCUGCAGGAGGCUCUGAACCUCUUCAAGAGCAUCUGGAACAACAGAUGGCUGCGUACCAUCUCUGUGAUUCUGUUCCUCAACAAGCAAGAUCUGCUCGCUGAGAAAGUCCUUGCUGGGAAAUCGAAGAUUGAGGACUACUUUCCAGAAUUUGCUCGCUACACUACUCCUGAGGAUGCUACUCCCGAGCCCGGAGAGGACCCACGCGUGACCCGGGCCAAGUACUUCAUUAGAGAUGAGUUUCUGAGAAUCAGCACUGCUAGUGGAGAUGGGCGCCACUACUGCUACCCUCACUUCACCUGCGCUGUGGACACUGAGAACAUCCGCCGUGUGUUCAACGACUGCCGCGACAUCAUCCAGCGCAUGCACCUUCGUCAGUACGAGCUGCUUUAAGAAGGGAACUUCAACCUUAAUGACAGCCUUAAGCACAAUUAAUUAAAAGUGAAACGUAAUUUACAAGCAGUUAAUCACCCACCAUAGGGCAUGAUUAACAAAGCAACCUUUCCUUUUCCCUGAGUGAUUUUUGUGAAACCCCCUUUUCCCUUCUGCUUGCUUAGAUGUUCCAAAUUUAGAUAGCUUAAGGCGGCCUACAGAAAAAGGCCACAAAAGUUCCCUCUCACUUUCAGUAACUAAAAUAACAGCAGCAAACAGAAAUAAAAAAUAAAUGAAAUAAAUGAAACAAAUAAAAUAAAUAUUGUGUUGUGCAGCAUUAAAAAAUCAAAAUAAAAAAUUAAAUGUGAGCAAA